AUGGUACUUCCGUCCCCUGCCAAAAUACUCAUUGGCCUCUCCUUAGACCCAAAUGACAGCAAGGAGCUUCUCUCAUGGGCAAUAAGAGUUCUAGCCAAUCCAAAUGACACCAUUGUGGCUGUGCAUGUGCUUGUUGCUGCGGAUAAGAAGAAGCGAGUCUCUGUCAGAAGAAGGCAAUCACAACUUAGACAGGCAAAAGCAUAUGUUAUAUCUGUGCUUGGAGAAUUUGCAGAGACCUGUUGGUCUAAGCAGGUUAAUUUGGAGGCCAGGGUUGCACUGAAUUCCACAGUUGGUGAAGGUUUAGUGGAGGAAACCAAGUCCAUCAAUGCUGACUUUCUUCUUAUUUGUGGCUCAAGAAACCGAACUAAUAAAAUUGGAACUUCUAAAGGAAUUACCAAGUAUUGCUUUGAGCAUGCACCUGAAGGGUGUACAAUUGUCUCUGUUGGAAGACAUAGGAAGGCAGAUCUAAGUGUCAAGUCAAACUCAACAUAUUUUCAAGAUAAUAAGCAACCAAGUUCAAGAUGGUUCAAGAAGGAAAAGCAAUGUGAUAAGAGUGUCUCCCCUGUUCUGGAAGAUUAUAUCUCAGGAAUCAAGGCUCAGAACGGUUCACCAAGAACAGUACUUGAUAGUCUAGAGGGACAAUCAAACAGCACAGAAGAUGAUACCUUUAGCACUAAGGUAUCAAGCACCACGUAUACCCCAUCAUUGGAUUCUAAGAUUAAGAGCCGAUCCAAGAUAAAACCACACUUCUCAUUUAGGUUCAUAGUCUCAUUCCUUGCUUCACCAUUUAGAAGGAAAAACUUAAACAUUUAUAAAAAUCAAAAGCGUCAGCCUUUGUUGAAGUGCUUCAGCUAUGAACAGAUAUCCAAUGCUACCAACGAUUUCCACCAAGAUAAUUUGGUUGGACGAGGUGGGUAUUCGGAAGUAUACAAAGGUGAUCUUUCAGAUGGACGAACCAUUGCUGUGAAGAGGUUGGCCAAGGACAACGAGAAUCCUAACAAGGAAAAAGAGUUCCUUAUGGAAUUAGGUGUUAUUGGACAUGUCUGUCAUCCUAAUACUGCAACUUUAGUGGGCUGUUGCAUAGAAAAUGGACUAUAUCUGAUAUUCAAUUACUCUCAAAAUGGAAAUUUGGCAACUGCAUUGCAUGGUAAAGGAAGAGAUUCAGUAGACUGGCCAAUCAGGUACAAAAUUGCCAUUGGUGUUGCAAGGGGUCUCCAUUAUCUCCAUAAACGUUGCAAGCAUCGAAUAAUUCACCGUGACAUCAAAGCCUCUAAUGUUCUUCUUGGUCCUGACUAUGAACCACAGAUUGCUGAUUUUGGGCUUGCAAAGUGGCUUCCUAACAAGUGGACUCACCAUGCUGUGAUCCCCGUAGAGGGCACAUUUGGAUACUUAGCGCCAGAGUACUUUAUGCAUGGAAUCGUGGAUGAGAAAACAGAUGUUUUUGCAUUUGGAAUUCUACUUUUGGAGAUUGUAACUGGACGGAGACCUGUUGAUUCAUCAAAACAAAACCUUCUCUUAUGGGCAAAGCCUCAAAUGGAAUCAGGGAAUAUUGCUGAGCUGGCUGACCCAAGAAUGGAAGGUAAGUAUGAUGGAGAGCAACUGUAUAGGGUAGUGCUAGCGGCUUCAUACUGUGUGAGACAAACUGCCACAUGGCGUCCUCCAAUGAGUGAGGUGCUAGAGCUGCUAACCAGUGGCGAAGACAGUGAGGUUGGAAAAAGCUGGAGGAUCCCAAAGUUCACCUCUGAUGAAUUGGAUGAUUACUCUAUGGUUUUUGGAUAUGAUUGGUGCUGCAACGAGACAGUCGAGCCCACAAGGGGGUGGUUUGGACUAGUGGCGCACGUGAAGGGGUAUGGGCUGGACCCACUCUGUAGCCCAUUUGACAGUGACCCCACUGUCUCCAUCUACAGCGUCUCGCACGCGUUAUCAUCUGUGUUAGCAUCUGUCACGCCUCCAAAUCUCUUCAUCCACCUCCUUCCCAC